UGGCAGAGAGGGGUGGAGGACACUGAGUGGAGGCCAGUGGAGGGAUUGGCAGAGAGGGAUGGAGGACACUGAAUGGGGGCCAGUGGAGGGAUUGGCAGAGAGGGAUGGAGGACACUGAAUGGGGGCCAGUGGAGGGAUUGGCAGAGAGGGGUGGAGGACACUGAGUGGAGGCAGUGAAGGGAUUGGCAGAGAGGGGUGGAGGACACUGAGUGGAGGCCAGUGGAGGGAUUGGCAGAGAGGGGUGGAGGACACUGAGUGGAGGCCAGUGAAGGGAUUGGCAGAGAGGGGUGGCAGAUAUGAAUCGGUCAGUAAAGGGAUAGCCUGCGAUGAGGUCGGCCAAUGAGGAGG